AUGUCCGUGGCGUUCUAUGCGGUUUCCACCCUUUUCACCGCUCUUGCAAUUGUCUACGGAUUGGUGAUCUUGUUUUCACAUCAACCUCGAGCGGCACUUCCCAAGGAACUGCUAUAUGCUACAAACGACGACCAAGGCAUGGUCCACCCACUACCUGAGGCGAUAAACUCUUCAAGAGCACCCAAAGAGGCUGAAAAUGUCUUGUUGAGUGUGGUGGUGCCUUGUUACAAUGAAACGUCCAGAUUGGGAAGAAUGGUCAAGGAGGCAGUAGAAUACUUGGACAGCCACUACAGUAAACAGUAUGAAAUACUCGUGGUAGACGACGGAUCUAGCGAUGGAACAGCCGAGUACGCGUUGGAAUUGGCCAAUUCUCUUAAACUUGCUCCUCAUGUUAUGCGGGUGGUGAAGUUGCAAAAGAAUAGAGGAAAAGGUGGAGCCGUCAGACAUGGUCUUUUGCAUGGCUCAGGGAAGUUUAUGUUAUUUGCAGAUGCUGAUGGGGCCACACAGUUCAGCGACGUUGAAAAAUUGCUUCAAAACCUUCAAGGUCAGCCCAGCAACAAGCCAGCAGUGGCAAUCGGGCUGCGAGCUCACAUGGUGAACACUGAUGCUGUCGUGAAGCGAUCUUUUAUUCGUAAUUUCUUGAUGUACGGCCUCCACACUCUAGUGUUCAUUUUCGGUAUACGAAAGAUCCAGGAUACCCAAUGUGGAUUCAAGAUGUUCAAUAGACCAGCAGUGCAACUCAUCUUUCCACACAUGCAUACUGAACGGUGGAUAUUUGACGUUGAAGUGCUUCUUCUUGCCGAUCUUCAAAAUACGCCAAUCGCCGAAAUCCCCGUGAACUGGCAAGAAAUUGAUGGAUCAAAAGUGGAUUUGGCCAAAGAUUCCAUUCAAAUGGCUAUCGAUCUUGUCGUGACAAGGUUGGCGUACUUGCUUGGCGUGUACGCGCUAGAUGAGUGUGGGCAUAAGAGAAUGAUGACAGGAAAGCCAUCGAAAUCAGGUUGA